UACAUUAGUGCUAAUGAGACAAAACGUGUGUAUUUAAACAUAAGCAACGCUAAACACAAAACAUACACUUUUUGUAGUUGAAAGGAAAUAGUUGACUAUUUACAUUUGUCGAAGUAAAAAAAUAACGAAUUUUUCUUAAGAAAAUGAGUUUUUCAACAGACUGGGAUGUGAAUCGGUAUAAAGCCGACUACGAAAGUGACGAACAUUGGGAAUUAAGAAAGGCAUUUAUUGAUGAGCACAAAGAUAAAUUUCCCGAAUCUGAAUUGGUGUGUUUGGCACAAGUGUUUACAAACAUUGAGUUUCUAGGGUGUCGUUAUCCAAUGAAAACAAUGGAACGUGUUGCACUUUUAUCAAAAGAUGUUGCAGCCAAAUUUCGUGCAUCGCGCAGCAGUCGAUUGAAGCGAACGUUUGUCGGUGCGAGCGAUGCAGCUAGUGCCAAAGCCAAAGGCAGAAAACGAAAGAAUUGACGUGGACCUCAACUACAAGCUAAAAAGUCAAUCAAAAUAUCACAUUUCCAUCGAUUGAAAGUACGUUUCGAAUACCGAAUUUAGACAGUAAUUUAAAAAGACGUAAGCACGGCAAAGAUCCAUGGAGCACAGAAACUGGCGAAUUUUUCUUACAAAAUUAGCUCCCAUUAUAGAAAACAAUCAAAGCAAACCUUUACGAUGCUUAUCAUCCGAUAAGUAUUUCUAAAGAAACGGCAUAAAUAAAGACAUUUAAGUGUAAUAAGCAAGAGGCAGGAACUUCACGUCUAAUAACUAAUCAAAGUUCAAAAUGGUAUUCGAAAGACUUUCAUUUUCAUAUAUUUUCUUCACAAAAUAUAUAGUAUGCGGUGCAAAUUUUACAUUGUAAUUUGAAUAAAACCAGAAAAAUUGAAUAAAAUGGUCUAUUAUUAUUACCAAGAA